GCCAAAACAAUAAUUCCUAGAUGUACGAUGCUAAACACGCAACAUACUAGAUCUAGAGUCUAGACUUACAAUCUAGAUUCUCGUCUAGAAAAUCUAGAUUCUAGUCUAGUGUUGAUUGAGUACAAGCGAAAUGUAUUCAACUAUGGAACCCAAAAAACGAAAGAAAAGCAAAGAAAAAAAGAAAAAAGCUGUAAAUACGAAAAAGACUUCAAAGAAAAGCUCAGCAAUAGUUGGGCAUGGUCAAACACUGGCAAGCUUACUUGAAGAAGAAGAUGACGAUAAUGUAUUGAUGAAAUAUCAGUCUACCCAACCUGAUCAGGAGGAUGAGCUUUUUGGUCUUGUACGAUCAGACAUUGUUGGAGUUCAGUAUUAUAAAGGAACAGUAUCAAAUAAUGAGAUGGUGAAUCUAGUGAGGGAACCAGACAACAGAUAUGACUGCAAUGCUGUUAAAGUUGAAAAUAUGGGCAUGGAGCAAGUGGGACACAUUAAAAAAGAACACGCCAAAGCUCUCUCUCAAAUAAUGGACAAGACUGUGGCAAAAGUGGAAGGGAUAGUCCCAUAUGGAGCCAAAAAUAAGUACAGGAUGCCAAUAGAUAUCUAUCUGUGGGGGACCCCUAAUAACCGACCAGAAGUUGUGGGAAUUUUGAGAUCCAAUGGUAUUACACUAUCAGAGGGUGAGCAUCCUGUCAGAAAAAGUGGUUCUCUUCUUGAAGGUUCUUCCAUGGACUAUGGACAUGUUGUUUCAUCGAGGAUUUUCAUUUCACCAGCUGAGAUGCAAAAUGAAUUGGACAAGAUGUUUGAAACAUUAGAAGAAGGUGAUAAAACCACAGAGACAAAACCAGUAGAGGCGAUACGAACUUCUCUGUAUCCACAUCAGAAGCAGGCUCUCAAUUGGAUGAUUUGUAAGGAAAACAACAAUACUCUUCCUCCCUUUUGGGAAAAACAGGGCAAUGUUUAUGCAAACUCCCUCACUAUGUUUGUAACUAAAACUGUGCCAGCCAGUGUACAUGGAGGUAUACUAGCAGAUGAUAUGGGUCUUGGGAAAACACUGGAGAUUAUUUCUCUUAUAAUGAGUAAUUUUAUUGAUGGCAAGCCUCUAGCUUGUCCAGUACCUGGCAGGUACAGGUCAGCUUUUGGCACUACCGUGAAUAAGGUGGCUUCUUCACAUCUUGAUUUGCCCUCAACAUCCAAAACAAAAGAUUCAACAUUUUCUCCAAGAUUUGUUUUGAAUAAAACCUCUCAAAGAGAAAGUGAGUCUAAAAAAUUCAAGUGUGAAGAUCCUGAGUUUGAACCACGAGUGCCCACCCAGAGCAAACCAAACACAGAACCUGUUGCAAGAUCUAGAAGAAAUAUUAAAAGACCAGUUUACUACACAAUUGAUGAUUCUGAUGAAGAGGACCAGCCUUAUGUAAAAAAGAGAAGUCAUAAUAAAAUGGGUGUGAAGAAGAAACAUUCAGAUACUGGUGCAGGGGAUAAAGGAUCUACCCCAACUAUGUCAUUCAAUUCAUCACUAGUGACAUCAAACACUACAGAAAAUAACAAAGGUUGCCUAAGUCCUGUUGAAGAUAUGUUAGAUAACCAGACAGAUACUUCAAAUGACUCGAAGUCCAGCGCAGAAGUACAAACAAAAUCUGAUGAAAAAAAUAAACACUCACAUUGUGAUAAUUCUGAUCAUUCUAUUUUCGUUCUUGACUCUGAUGACGACUUACCUGACAUUCUGUCAUCCUCAGUUUCCCAGAAUGUUCCAGAAACCCCGCUCCCACUUGAUUGUGAUUCUAAAACUGGACGAACUCAGACCUAUGGCCCCAGAGGAACAUUGAUAAUCUGCCCGCUUAGUGUAAUGAGUAACUGGGUGAGCGAGUUUGAGAAACAUGUACUAGACACAGUUCACAUACAAGUGUACGUGUACUAUGGCCCAAGUCGCUGUAAAGAUCUUACGUUUCUUAAGGAAAAAGAUGUUGUUGUUACAACAUAUUCCACCCUGGCAUCAGAAUAUAAGAUGCAGAGCUCUCCCAUACUCAAAAUAGAAUGGCUGCGGGUUGUAUUGGACGAGGGUCACAUGAUCAGAAAUCCUCAGGCUGUACAAACAAAGGCAGCUUUUGAGCUGAAGGCACAGAGGAGGUGGAUUCUUACAGGUACACCAAUUCAAAACUCUUUGAAAGAUUUGUGGUCUUUAGUGAACUUCCUUAAAGUCAAACCAUUCACUGAUAAAGUGUGGUGGAAUCGCACCAUAGUUAGGCCGCUCAGCAAGAGAGAAAAGCCUGCAAUGCAGCGUGUUUGUCACUUAAUGAAGAAUCUAGCAAUGAGACGCACCAAAAACCAGCAGAUCAAUGGCAAACCAAUUCUUGAAUUACCUGCUCGCAAAGUUUUUCUGGAGAAGAUCACACUGAGUGGAGAGGAGAGGAGCGUGUACGACGCCAUGCAGAAUCAUGGACAGGUGGUUGUAGGAAGAUACUUCCAACAGGGAACUUUGUUACAUCAUUAUGGGGAAGUGCUGGCCAUACUGAUCCGACUCCGACAGCUGUGUUGUCACCCACUCUUGGUCGCCAAAGCCAUUGCCAAGGUCAUGGAGAGCAAUCCAGUCAGUGAAGAAGAAAAGAAAAGGUUAAUUGACCACCUGAUGAACGUGCUGAACUCCGGCUCAGAGGAGGAGUGUUCCAUUUGUUUAGAGAGUCUGAGCCGGGCUGUUAUCACAUCCUGCGCUCAUGUCUACUGCAGGCCUUGUAUUGAGGCUGUCAUUGAUAAUGAGCAGCCUCAGCCAAAGUGCCCACUUUGCCGCGGCCAGCUUGACAAAAGUAAAUUGAUUGACGUCCCACCUGAGUUACGUCAGGAUGACAUCUUGGCUGACACGUCAGGGAACUCAAUGUACGACGAAUGGCAGUCCAGUGCUAAGGUUGAUGCGCUGAUGAAAGCCUUGACAGAGCUGAGAAAAGAAGACCCAACAGUAAAAAGUGUUGUUGUAUCUCAGUUCACAUCUUUACUCACAUUGUUGGAGAUACCUUUAAAGCAUCAAGGUUUUGCGUUCAGUCGUCUGGAUGGCACUAUGAGUAGGUCUGAGCGUGAACAGGCUGUCAGUGAAUUCUCCAGUCCUGGCCCCAACUCUCCAACCAUUUUCUUGCUGUCCAUGAAGGCUGGGGGUGUGGGAAUCAACCUGACAGCUGCCUCCAGAGUCUUUCUCAUGGACCCUGCUUGGAACCCUGCAGUAGAGGAUCAAUGUUUUGAUAGGUGUCACAGACUGGGGCAGACACAAGAUGUCAUCAUCACUAGGUUUGUGAUUGAAGACUCCAUUGAAGAAAGAAUGCUGGAACUGCAGGAAAAGAAAACCCAUUUGAUGAAAGUUGCAUUUGGUAAACAACUGACAGCAGAGGAGCGCAGAAGGAAUAUAAUAGAUGACAUCAAAGGUUUAUUGCAGUUAAAUUUCUAAUUGUGAAGUAGAAUGCUGAUCCGCUUCGGAUUGGCAAAGUUAAAUAAAACAGCUAGGAAAAAAAAUAACAGUACUUCGUAGAAUAUUGAUAACAGCUUUGUUUUAGUGAAGUUACUAUAACAUUGAUAAUGCAGGUACUUAUUAGUUAUCAAAUUAUGUGGGUUCACCUACUCAGAAAUGUAAGGCUGCAUUCUAUCAAUAUUUUAUCUUUUACCAAUACAUAGAUAUAUAGUAAGGUCACAGAUGAACUCUGCUUCCUCUGUCCUAUUGCUUGUCACAUUUUUAAAAAGUCACUAAUUAUAACAUUACAGCCUAUGAGGAGUUUGUUAAUUAAUUCUUAGUUAUACUAUUAAUAAACAAGUGUGUAAAUCACUGGGUAUUUAUUACAGCAUAACCCUUUCAUGUAGUAAUCUCUUUGUGCCUAGAUCUGUUCUACCAGUGUAAAUAUUGAUCUGAGUUUCCUGAUUCUGAUGUUUUACAUUCUGUCAAGUACUGUACAGUUUUAAAUAAUGUGUUCAUUGUUUGAGUUUCCUGAUUCUGAUGUUUUACAUUCAAUCAAGUACUUUACAUUUGUAAAUAAUGUGUCAGGAAAAUUAUCUGAAAACUGUUAAGCUAAAAUUGUAUGUCAUUUGUUGAUUUAUUGAAUUUGUUUUAGCUCUGCUGUUAAUUUUACCAGUCAGCUGUGUUUUGUUGACAUGAAAAAGUGUUGAUUGUUGUAAAGAAUUUUUUUUAUCAUGCAUCAGCUUAC